AUGCUCUCGAUUUUACGCACAAACUCUGCGAAGCUUAUUGGAAAACUCAUGACCAGAGGCCUAAUAAGUCGAGGGUGUCGUCCAUACGCUUUUCGGUCACAACGAGCUUCCCUAGGGCAAAAUUUGCUAAAAUUCUAUUCGCAAACAUCCACAACGGGUACAGUUAUCCCACCAGAAGUAGCGAAUUUACCUCUUACUACAUACCAUAAUGAGGCAAACAAGUUUUUGGAUAAUCUGUUGGAAAAUCUAGAAACGCUUAGUGACGAUUUCCCUGAACUUCUUCCAGAGGUUGAAUACUCUAGCGGGGUGAUGACACUUGUAGUACCGAAACUUGGGCCGUAUGUGAUCAACAAGCAGCCUCCUAAUAAGCAAAUUUGGCUGGCUUCUCCGGUGUCGGGUCCUGACAGGUUCGAUUUCUAUCAGAAUGACUGGGUAUCGUUAAGAAAUAAUGUUAAAUUGUUGGAUGUGUUAGGCAGGGAGUUACGAACCGUUCUCCCUGAGGAUCAAGUAAAUAUAAGGAAGGAAAACUUUUAA